GAUAGACAGACAGACAGACAGACAGACAGACAGACAGACAGACAGACAGACAGAUAGAUAGAUAGAUAGAUAGAUAGAUAGAUAGAUAGAUAGAUAGAUAGAUAGAUAGAUAGAUAGAUAGAUAGAGUACUUAGAGUGGAUGAAGAAAUCAGAAAGGGAGGGAGAGAGCAAAGCAAACAAGGAGAGAUCAAGAAAGCAAGAGAAAGAGAGAGACAGAGAGAGAGAGAGAGAGAGAGAGAGAGAGAGAGAGAGAGAGAGAGAGAGAGAGAGCUCCAUUCUCAAACCUCCACAUUGCCAUACACAGUGGACUAACCCUGGACACACUAAGCGGAGGAGUGGUCAGGGAGCCAUGACAGGAGGUUUGUUCCUGACACUGUCCACCCUGUUACUGGUCCAGGCUGUCUCCUCCUGCCCGAAGGAGUGCUGGUGUGACAGUCAUGCCAAAGUGGUGGAUUGCAGAGGACGAGGAUUGUAUGAAAUUCCGCACAAGCUUUAUCCAGACACUCUGGAGCUACACCUUCAGGACAACCACAUACGAGGCAUCGGUUCCAUGUCUUUCCGGGAAACACCAUACCUGCGAGUUCUGGAUCUGGCCAACAACAGCAUCACUAUGAUUUCUCCCAGUGCCCUUCUAGGGCUUAGGACCUUAAAGACCCUGAUCCUGGCCAACAACUCUAUCCGGGAAGUGGAUCGCCGGUUAUUGGGCUCGAUACGCAAUCUAACACACUUGGACCUGUCUCAUAACUACAUAGCAGGGCUGCCAGGAGCACUAGCUGAUAGUUUCCACCAUCUAACCCACUUUUCAUUGCACUAUAACCGGCUGACAAAGCUGGAUCGCAUUCAUCUGGAUGCCCUUGGGAGCCUACAGGUGCUGCACCUGACGAAUAAUCCCUGGAAGUGCGAUUGUCACAUGAUAGGGCUUAAGCUAUGGUUGGAAACAUUCACUUUUAAAGGUGGCGUGGUGGACGGAGUUCCGUGCCAUGAGCCGCACUCAAUGCGUGAUCGUGACCUCCGCCACGUUCCCUAUGAGCUCUUCCACACCUGCAUGAGCACCAGCUACAGUUACUUGUUUGCCAACAUCCAGCACAUGGAGAAACAGCAGCGGUUGCUUCGAGGUGUCCCGUACCCGAGCCUGGAUGCUCCGGUUGAUCAGGAACCGGAGUGUGAACCCAAGCAGAAAGCACGACCCAUUAACCUGCGCCACGCCAUAGCUACAGUGAUCAUCACUGGCAUUGUGUGUGGAAUUGUGUUACUCAUGAUGCUGGCUGCUGCUGUGUACGGGUGUGCCUAUGCUGCUAUCAUGGCGAAAUACCAGCGGGAGCUAAAGAAGCAGGAAGAGGAGGCAGGAAGGAUUGAGAAAGAGAAAACGGACAAAGGAGGGGGGAAAGAGCUGCUGGAAAAUGCCAUAGCAUGAAAAGGAGUAUUAUGGCACAGAGAGAGAAAGAAAGAGAGAGCGCGAGAGAGAGAGUGUGAAAGAGAGAGAGAGAGAGAGAGAGAGAGAGAGAGAGAGAGAGAGAAAGAACAAGAUAGAAAGAGAUGCAAUAAUACUCAUACCUCACCCAGGGAUAUUACAUAGCCAAGCCUCUUGCAUGGCAAACUCUUUAAAAAUUGUAAGAUAGAGCUAUACACAUGCUUAGGGAUCUUGUUCAUGCAUAGAGUUUAUCACAACUAUUGCGAUAUCUUCUCAGACGGACUCAAACUUGAUUUCUGCUUUCUGUCAUCUAUUGUAUCGCUCAUUCCAUACACUGUCCUCUCUAAAGAAGAAGUCGAACAGGAGAGAAGAGACGUGUUCUGUAAUGCAGUAUAGCCACAGUACAGUCAAAAAUGUAAAUAAUAUUGGCAUCCUUAAUGAAAAUGAAAAGAAAAAAAAGAAAACGCCUCAAAUCUUCCGUUCACACUAACAGAGAAACAAACUACCUCUAACUCCAAUCAGUCUCAUCCCCAUCUCGUAAAAAUAUUGAAAUAAUAAUUAAAGUAAAUGCAAAUAAAAUCUAAAACAUAGUUUUGUUUUGUUUUUCAUUUGCAAGUCUAGGAAAUCUAUUGAUGGCACUGAAGACUCUCUGGGAAAUCGACUAAUGUAUAUCACUGAAUCCCCUUUUGUAUAAUAAUGAGGUUGCAAAAUCUCCCUGCUAUUCAUUACCAUGUGGAAUAAAAGAAAAACUGAGCAAAAUAAAUAAAUAAAUAAAUAAAUAAAUGAAAAUCUGCCAAUAAUUGGCUACAUUUUGCCUGCCUCCACUGCGAGGAGGAUGAUAAAGUAGAAAAAAAGAAGAACCUGAAGAUCACGUUUUCAAAAUAGCACAGUUUCUUCCAUUCCUCAGAUCUUUCCUCAUUCCAUUCUUGUCACGUUUCGAAAUCCGCUGUUACAGUAUACCCCGCCUCGAUUCACCGGCGGUAUCGACUUAGAAGCCUUUCCUGAGAGCACUUCAAGCUAACGCAUCACCAGAAAUUGAUAGAGGUUCAGUGGAACUACAGCUGAAAUAGAGCUUUGUAGAUAGAUGAGGGCAAAAUCAAAGCAUGUAUCUGUGUAUGUCUUUCUGAAGGAGACCAUACACAAUAAUCCCUGAAUGACUCUGCCAGGAAAUGAAGACAGCACCUUAAACAGCUCUUUCAUAAAUCACUGGCAUCUAACAUACAUCCAAAUCAACUGAGACACAGUCAUGGUGCACAGCAUCAGUGUAUUAGCAGUAAUUAUCUUUUCCUCCAGAUUGUAAACUUGAUGGUUUUGUUUUAGGAUCGUAGUUUAAAAGCACAAAUCUAUGAACAUAAGGAGUCUAAGUGUCUCCAACCAUGACAAACAUUAAGGUAAUAGUUUGAUUGCUAUAAUAAUAAUAAUAAUUGUAAUAAGAGGGUCUUGGUGGUUAGUAUGUUUGCCUCACACCUCCAUGCAUGAGGGCUCAAUUCCUGCCUCCGCCAUGUGUGUGUGGAGUUUGCAUAUUCCCCCCGUGCCAUGUGGGGAUCUCCCUUGGUACUCUGGUUUCCUCCUCUAGUCCAAAGACAUGUAUUGUAGGCUAAUUGGCAUUGCUUAAUUGUCCGAUGUGUAUGUAAGUGCGUUUGAUAUUGCCAGGGUAUACCCUGUGCGGUGCCCAGAGCCUCCUGGUAAUGGGUAGAUAAAAAUAAUAAUUUCACAUUUUAUAUAACCGCACAUUAUAGACAUGUAUACAUUUGCUCAUUUUUAUAAAGAGUGCCAAUAAUUACAGACUUUACCCGACCUUCAGAGAUACAAUAAGGCCAAAGAUACCGGAUACAUAUCAACAAGCUCUAGCUAUAUAACUGGGGUAUUAUUUUGUCUAAUGCAAGUGUGUUUAAUGACAAUAUGGACAACAUAGAUCUCGACUAUUAUAGUGGUUUUGUGAUUAGGGUUCAGUUGGACUGUUUCUUGUCUUCAGGUGAAGUUGGCAGCUUCUACUAUGCAUAUGUCCUUGUUUUUGUGCAUGUCUGUGCUGUACUGUACUUAAUCAAUGUUUCUAUCUCAUCUAACUCAACCUUUGACUAAUUUAGAUAAGAUAAGAGUUUAGUGUUUAAAACGAUUUGCAGUUUGCACAAAAAAAAAAAACAACCCUCAGAAAGAGGGAGAUGGCACACACACACUCAUAAAUAUGGAUGUGGAAGGGGGUGUGAAGGGCAUGGGGCUCUUAUAUAACACACUGCACACACACACACACACAUACAUCUUCACAUGUACACACAAUCACAUCAGACAUGUUUUUAGGGGGAAAAAAACAUAGGCCUACAAGAAAGAUUUGCUGCCACACACACACACACACACACACACACACACACACACGCACAACACGCACACACAGAGAGAGACACACACAUGCUUUAGUUGCCCUGGGAGCGUGAUGUCAUCAGCUUGUCGGGUUGUGUUAGUGCUUGUGAGGCGAAAGCUUAUUGGGGUGGUCUAUAAACUUAAGCUCUGUCUGGCUGGUUUGUGUGUGUGUAUGUGUGUGUGUGUGUGUGUGUGUGUGUGUCCUUUACCCUUUGUACUAAGUCAAAAUCUCUCAGCAUCAAAAGUAUUUGUUGUACAGUAAACCUUACUGCUACAUGACCGACACUGAUUAUAGAACUCCAUAAACAGCUGCUUUUUUUCCAGUAAUUGAACUAAAAAUUAAAGAACACAGAAGGAUUUUGCCUCUUUACCUCCUUUUCUUCCAGUUUUUGCACUUUAAAGAAAAAUUGUGCUCAUACAUUUGUCAGCUUUUCUUUCCCAUAAUCAUUAUUGGAAAUGUAUCACCACUAAAUAUAUUUCCAAGUGAUUUAACUGAAUAACAUUAAAACGAUUAGUUCUCGUACAUCCAACAUGUUUUGAGAGUUUAUUUUCAAUUUCCUGAGCUCACACCUAAGCUGAGAAUCGAACCCAUGACUCUGGGUAGACAGACUAAUGGACAAACACACACACACACACACACACACACACACACACACACACACACACACACACACACACACACACACACACACACACACACACACACACACACACACACACACACACACACACACACAUAUACACACACACAGAGCAUUAAUACUGUGCCUGAUACAUUCAUACCAGUACUACAAGCACAACAAUGGAAAAUAAUAUCUGGUUUGUGGAGGCGCUGGUCCCUUGGAUGAACCGUACUGAGGAAAGUGAUGAAUUGUACAUGUUAAAUAAGCUACAGUAUAAAGGUAUGUGGUCUAGCUAACAAACAAAUGUACAAAAAGCAUUGUCUAUGCAAAAUUCUACCCUGAACCAUAGAUUCAUCCUGGUAUUGCCGUAAAACUAAUUUGUGUGUGUGUGUGUGUGUGUGUGUGUUUUGUUUAUGCUAACAAAGAGAAAAUUGUUGAUGUUUAUUAUUUAUUUAUGAAUAAUAUAUGUGUAU